AUGAAAAAUCUUGGUUUCUCUGAUGCUUGGUGUGAAAUGAUAAUGGAAUGCAUAUCAACUGUUACAACUUCUAUCUUACUUAAUGGUGCUCCAGGUAAUAUUUUUAAUCCUACUAGAGGUUUAAGACAAGGUGACCCUUUGUCACCCUAUGUUUUUAUCUUAUGCAUGGAGGCUUUAUCUAGGAGUCUUAAUAAAAUUGAAAAUGAUGGGCUUAUUCAUGGUUUUAAAGUCACUAAACACUGUCCUGCUAUAACUCAUUUGUUUUUUGCAGAUGAUUGCUUGAUUUUCAUCAAGGCUAGGAAAAAAGAUGCUAGGAACUUAGCUACCAUUAUAGAACAGUUUAGUAAAUUUUCUGAUCAAGCAGUAAAUUUUGAUAAAUCUGCUCUUGCAUUCAGUUUUAAAGUCCCUCCUAAUAUGAAAAUUGAUUUAGCUGACAUUUUGCAGAUAAAGAGAAUGUCUUUGCAGGAAAAAUACCUUGGUGUGCCACUUCUUUUGCAAAAACAUAAAGCUGAUUCAUUUGUCUAUCUCAUGGAAUGCUAUUCAGGAAGAUUAGCUCCCUGGAAAUCUAUUUUUCUAGCUCCAUCGGGUAAGACUAUCCUUAACCAGUCAGUUUUAGGUGGUAUGGCCAACCACCAUUUAGUUGUUAUCCCGAUGCCAAAGACCAUCACUGAUAAAAUGGAUUCAAUCCAAAGAAAUCUUUGGUGGGAAAACAAGAAAAUGCUUGCUUGGAGAAUGUUGGAGCAACCAGAUGCUCCUUGGGUUAAAAUACUUGAAGGAAUCUGCAAAAGUUUAGAAAUAGUAAAGAAGCACUACAUUUUAGAAGUGGGUGAUGGUAGUAAAAUCAAAAUUUGGAGAGAUAAUUGGAUCCCAAGCUUUACUGGUCCACCUACCUCUCGAUUUAUAUCUAGUAAUCCUUCUCAUGUAAAUCAACUCAUAGAUAGUAGUUCAAAAUCUUGGAACUUAGAGACCUUGAACAUCCUCUUUGACCAGAAUACUAUUAAUGCUAUAACAAGUAUUACAAUCCCAUUAUAUGAAAAAGACAAACUGAGAUGGAAACCAGCAUCUAAUGGUGAGUUCCCAGUUAAGUAUGCUAAACAUUUUGAUGAUGUGCGGGUUAAUGUUUCAACUACUACCCUGAAUAUUUUAACUGAAAUGGGAAAUAAAAUCAAUUUUGAUGCUGCAUUUACUAAAGAGACAGGGAAUUAUGGAUAUGGUCUAAUUUGUAGAGAUAUUUCAGGAAAUUGCAAUGGAUUGCGAGGAGGUGCUGGUAAAGCUCUAGACCCGGAACAAGCAGAAGCUAAAGCUCUCUUGCGAGCUGUUUUGUGGGCAAAAGAACAAGGAAAGCUCUCAAUACAUUUGGAAGGAGACUGCAACAACAUGAUAAACGUUUUGAAUGGGAAUUUUUCGGCAAUAAAAUGGAUCUCAGCAAAUUUAAUUUUUGAUGCAUUAGUAAUUCUUAGAGAUUUUGAUUUCUGGCAGUGCUCUCAUGUGAAAAGAGAUGCAAAUGAUUUAGCAUACAAAAUUGCAAAACAAGCAAUGUCUGGAGUUUUUUAUGUCUCUCUUAGCAAUAUGCCUGUCUGGAUAAAAACUUUAAUCCGGAAGGACAAGAAUAAUUUGUAG